AUGUACUUUGGACGCCCGGAACACAUAAUAAAACUGUUGAUGGAGAAUGUGCGAAAUUUGCCUCCUCCAAAGGGCAAGCUAGAACCGCUGAUCGAGUUUGCAUUUGCGGUGAAAAAUAUGUGCGCUACCAUUAGGGCAAGCAAGCUAGAUGCGCACCUGAACAACCCUACGUUAUUACAAGAGCUUAUCGAGAAGACGGGACCUGAUAUGAUGCUUAACUGGGCUCUACAUUCAAAAUCCAUACCCUACCCGAACAUACAGCACCUAGCGGAUUGGUUGUUUGAAUUGGCGGAAGCGGCGAGUCGCGUAUCUACGCCCAACAUAUUACUAGAAAGCGACAAGAAGAGAAUCAACAGAGGAGUGAUGCAUACACAUACCGCAGCGCCUACAGAUAGCCCUAAAAACACAGUCUGUGCGAUAUGCAAAGGACACCACAAACCAGUGUCUUGCGAAAAGUUGUUGCGGAUGUCAGUCGAAGCCAGGUGGAACGCGAUAAAUAACCAUCACCUAUGUGCUCAGUGCCUCAAAAACCACAAGGGAUCCUGCUGGAGUCGCGUAGCUUGCGACAUAAAUGGCUGCAAAGCAAAACAUCACCGUCUCCUUCAUAAGGACGUGACGGAAAGCGUUCUGCACAAUCAUCGUGGGUCACUAACCAACCAGCCGGAAUGCUAUGUUCGAAUCGUUCCAGUCACUUUGCACUCCAAUUCGAAAUCCGUCGAUAUCUACGCAUUUAUGGAUGACGGAUCGACUCUAACACUUGUAGAAGAAAAAUUGGCUGAUGCGCUCGAAGUGAAAGGUUUCGCCAAUCCACUAUGCAUUAGAUGGACCGGCGAUGUUAGUCGGCAGGAGCCGGAAUCCAAGCAGCUGAACUUGAAAAUCUCAAAACAAGGACUGGGCAAUAAAUUGUUUAAAGUAAAUGAAGUCUGUACGGUUAAGUCAAUUGAUCUUUCAGCCGAGACGAUGAUAGCAGAUAGGAUAAAACAGAGAUAUCCGCAUUUAAAAAACCUGCCUAUCCCGAGCUUCAUUAACGCAAUGCCUCAAAUGAUAAUCGGCAGUAAUAAUCCGAAUCUCAUAGCUUCGCUAAAGGUGCGCGAAGGAAAAUGGCAGCAACCAAUAGCUGCAAAAACGAGACUAGGAUGGACUAUAUAUGGCGGAUCGGGACGAUCUGGGGGAGGACUCAACCUGCAUCGCUGUCAAUGCGAUCUGGAUUUGCAUGAGAUGGUUAAAAAACAUUUGCUAACGGAGGAAAAAUCACCGCCGAUAUUUACCAAGUCCCCUGAUGAAGAGCGAUCUCUACAGAUUCUGGAGGAUACUGUUAGUUACAGCUCGCGGACGUACACCACGGGAUUGCUUUGGAAAGAUGGCCCCCGUGUAUUUCCAAAUAGCCUGCCGGUAGCAAAACGACGACUCUUAUGCAUGCAAAAGAAAAUGGCAGCAGACCCUCAUUUUGCGAAUGAGCUACAUAAUCAAAUACAAAACUUGAUAGCCAAAGGCUAUGCCAGAAAGUUGCCAGAGGAAGAAACCAGGGAGAAACCCGAAAACGCAUGGUACUUACCCAUUUUUACUGUUCGAAAUCCACAUAAACCUGACAGGGUAAGAUUGGUGUGGGACGCGGCAGCUCAAUCAUCAGGAGUAGCCCUAAAUGACUUUCUUCUAAAGGGGCCCGAUUUGCUCGUGCCCUUGCUGCAGAUUAUGUACAACUUUAGGAUGAGAGCAAUCGGCGUGAGCGGUGACAUCGCCGAAAUGUUCCAUCGAAUAGCAGUAAGAGAAGAAGACGCUAAAGCACAACGAUUCCUAUGGCAAAAUCAGACAACCGGAGUCGUAGAAACUUUCCAAUUAAAUGUGUUGACAUUUGGAGCCACGUGCUCACCCUGUAUAGCGCACUAUGUGCGCGACUUGAACGCUAAGAAACACGCGGACGAGUUUCCUGCGGCAGCUAAAGCUAUUCAGUCAAGUCACUAUGUAGACGACUACAUCGAUUCAUGCCAUUCAGAAGAAGAAGCCAUUACAUUAGCGAAGGAAGUUAGAGAAGUCCACGCGGGGGCUUCCAUAUGCGCAAGUGGUGUUCGAACUCCAAACGGGUACUCGCUGCACUUUGCGACACAACAACCUACGACGAAAAACAGUUCUUUAACAGUGAAGAGAUACACUCUUAUGAGAAAAUAUUGGGCAUGCGGUGGAGCCCACAUCAAGAUGCCUUCACCUAUGCACUAA